GCGUCUGCGAACGCUCGCGUCCGUACGCCGUGCGCCCACCUUCCGCGCGAAAUAAAAAAAAAACAUUUAAAAAGUUAAAAUGUCACACGAAGUGACUUAAAGUUGUACUAAAUAAAUAAACCGACUGUUGUUUAUCUGUGACCGUGUUUUGUGAAGUGACUUGGUGAUAAUUAUUUAAAUUAUCCGAUAAAUUUCGGAGUCAAGGAAACAUUGAACUAGUUGGUUUUCCAGAAUAACACGAGCUCCAAUUUGAAUCCAGAACCAUGGAUCCGGAGCAAGUAAUGGAAGAGAUGGACACCUCCACUCCUGGGGCCCUGGUAUUUCCGAAUGAGAACAGAACACUAAAUAGCACCAACGCUACUGACAUCAACUACUAUUACUUCUAUGAGGUGGCGCAGUUCACAGUAAUGUGGGUGCUGUUCAUAUCCAUAGUGCUGCUCAACGCGUCAGUCAUCGCUGCACUUCUCUGCACCAACGCCAGGAAGAGUAGGAUGAACUACUUUAUCAUGCAACUCGCUAUCGCCGAUCUGUUCGUGGGCCUCGUUCUGGUGUUCGCAGAUAUCGUCCAAAAACAUACGAUAGCGUGGCUCGCGGGGAUCAUGUGCAAAUUCGUCAAAUUUCUGCAGGCCGUUGUGAUGUACGCGUCCACAUACGUGCUGGUCGCACUGAGCAUAGACCGGUGUGACGCCAUCACCAAUCCUAUGAACUUCUCCGGCAGCUGGAACCGAGCGAGAGGCCUCAUCGCGUCAGCUUGGAUCAUCAGCAUAGUGUUUUCCAUCCCACUUCUGAUAUUGUACGAAAUUAAAGAAGUACAAGGGCAGCAACAAUGCUGGAUAGACCUGGGCUCGUCCGAGCGAUGGCAGAUCUGGAUGACCCUGGUCUCCGUCAUGAUCUUCGUCUUCCCUGCCCUGGCCAUCGCAGCAUGCUACGCCGUUAUAGUCAUGACUAUUUGGACGAAGAGCAAAGCAGUCGUCAUGAGCCCACCUGUCAGCUCUAGAAGGACGAAAACUAUGAAUAAUGGACAUGCAGAAGGUGACCCGGAGUCCAGACGCGCCAGCUCGCGCGGGCUCAUACCGCGAGCGAAAAUCAAGAGCGUCAAAAUGACAUUCGUCAUCGUGUUUGUAUUCGUCCUCUGCUGGCUUCCAUACAUCGGUUUCGACCUGCUGCAAGUCUACCACUUCAUCCCACCAACGCAGACCAGCAUGGCCAUAGCCACGCUGAUCCAGAGCUUGGCACCUCUUAACUCAGCUGCAAACCCGCUGAUAUGCUGCAUGUUUUCACCUCACAUCUACAUGAGCCUCAGGCGAGUACCCCCAUACCGAUGGCUGUGGUGCAGCCGUCGCCGGCGCCGACGCGGACGCGGCACGUUGCGAUCACGGUCCGAUUCCACGGCGAAUUCGGACCUGCUGAGCCAUUCGACGCACGCGAGGAGAUCGCAGUCUGUUGCCAUGUCGCUGAACCGCACGCGAAGCAGCAGCGUAUCCCGAGCGAUCCAUAGCGACCGACGCACACAACUACUUGUGUUGACUACUGUACGUGACUGACGACUAACUGACACUGACGACGUAUUGCUGUAGAUAACAUGUAUUUUAAAAUAAGUACACAUAAUACAGUGAGUUGUAUUGUAUGCGUAGCGUAUGGCGUGAUACAUUGCGACCGACGCAUGCAACUUACAUAUGUAUAUUGACGACCGUACGGGACUGACGACUAAAGCCCCCCAUUCACGGUACGAUUCAUCGCUUCGAUCAAUCGGACAAAGACAUCACAUAUCAUACACGAAGCGAUUAAUCAUAACGAUCGAUCGCCCCGUUACUCGAACGACACGGAAUAAUAAAGUCAGUAGGUAAGUAUGAGAUAAAAAUAGAAUCGUUGGUCGCAAGCGGCCACACACUUUCGAACCAUUGUUGCGAUAUUCAUGAUUGCACGGGAUUAUGUUGCGAUUCGCGAUCAAGUAAAUCGUUAACGAUAUUGAAAUACACUGUCGAUCGGCCAUUUCGAUUAAUCUGUUACGACGGAUCGCACAGGUGAAUCGUACCGUGUAUGGAGGGCUUAUGUCUAUUGCUGUAGAUAACAUGACAAAAUUGAUAAUAUGUCGACUAACUGACAUUGACAACUCUGUUCUGUAAAUAAUAAUCGCUGUGGCGCGAUUACUAGUUACCUACCCCCCAAAUUGUACGCUUUCUGUCAUGUUAGAUCACAUCACAAACAUUGACUGGCGUCCUAGAAUUUCUACUACUGAAAGAUGUUGAAAUACAUACAUAUAUUUAAAAAAAUAGCAGAAAAACUGACAUAGGUAACACUU